AUGCCUCAAGCGGCUCGCAGUCCUGCGGCUCGACUUGCCGGAUGGGAGCAGGUGAGCACGUUGGAUGAUGAAGAUGACACUGGUGUGGCAGUUGUUCGUACUGGUAAUGGAUCCAGUCGUACUUCAUAUCGAGCGGGUGAACUCUUCUCCCUUGUUCCCUUGAAAACUCAUGUAAGACGGUCCGCAAAAUCCACUGAGAAAGCUGAGCGGAAUACGGCAGACGUACAAGCACCUCGAAAUAAGGACAAACCGCGACCAAGAUCUGCUCAUUUGCCACUACCCACUAAAACCGAAGUAUCUGGGAGCUCCGAGAGGCCACGAAGUUCAGAACGACGUGUAAGAUCGAAAACUCCUCCAGCUCGACGUGAGUGGGUUGCCCUAAAAAAGGUUCCUCCUCUCCCUGGCCCUAUAUUUUCUGCUUUGAAACCAAGCAACGGGAACCUUCCCAGUUCGAUUGUACUUGAGAGUGAAGACAGUGUCAGCUCUGCAACCACUCCCACAGUAACACUAACACGGGUUCCUGUUUUAGGUAGUCGAAGAUGUGGCAAAACAACACUUGUAAAACAAUUUGUUUAUUGUACCGGGUCUUUCAAUCCAGCUCCAACAACUUUUGAACCAGAAUAUUACGAUCCAGUAGUUACAUUCAACGAUCGGAUUUAUCAUUUACGCAUUAUUGAUUGUCCAGCCCUCGAUGGAAAAUACCCAAGCAGUUCUUUUGAAGAGUGGGCCGAAUAUCGUGGUUGGUGUCUGAGGUCAGCGGCCGCUUUUCUUCUCGUGUUUGAUGUGACUUCAGAAAAAUCAUUUCAAUAUAUUCGGAAAUUGCGCGACCAGAUCAUAUCCGAAUGUCCUGACACUCCCGUGUUGCUGGUGGCCAAUAAAGUGGAUGGAAUUCCAUCCACGAACACUGUUACCCUACCCAUAGUAAACUAUGGUGCUACCACAAUGUUGAGCUGUAACGAUGCCGUGGCAGCUUCCACCACAACCCGUAUGAAUAUACGUCGUGAGAUAGCUCUGCUGGUGAAAAAACAAUGGAAAGGCACAGUCUUGGUGGAAUGUUCAGCAAAGUAUAACUGGCAUGUUCUAACUGUUUUUAAAGAACUGAUGAAACUACUUGAGAAUAAAGAACAACAGUCCCACAGACCAACCGCCGCACGGGCAGUACAGAACGUUUUGCGCAGGAAUAAUUGCUCAGCAAUGUGA